AUGAAAGCAGCAGUUAUUUCCGGUUCAUCAGAACCCAACAAAUUAGCAACCAUCAAAGACAUAACCCUCCCACCCAUCAAACCCCACCAACUCCUCAUCAAAGCCAAAGCCUUCGCAAUCAACCCAACCGAUUGGAAACACAUCUUGUAUGGAAUUGGCCAAGUUGAUAAUAUAAUCGGCACCGAUGUAAGUGGAAUAGUCGAAGAAGUUGGGUCCGACGUCAAUGGAUUUGCAGUUGGAGAUUGUGUGAGUUCAUUCAUUCAUGGAAAUACUUCACAUACAGAAGGUGCAUUCGGGGAAUAUGCAAUUGUGAACCCGCUUGCUACUAUUAAGUAUCCCAAGGGGUUACAUAGUGCUGAAGGGCAAGCAAAGCCAGCAGAGACUAUUACUAGUUUUGAAGGAGCUGCUAGUGUUACAUUGGGAUUGGUUACUGUUGCGAUUUCAUUUUCUUAUUAUUUGAAUAUUGAUUAUAAUCAGGAUAAUAAUAAGGACGAUUUUAUUUUGAUUUGGGGUGGGAGUGGUGCAUCUGGGGUUUUAGCUAUUCAGGUUGCUAAAGUUAUCUAUGGAUUAAAUGUAAUUGCUACUGCUUCUUCUAAGAAUUUUAAAUAUUUGAAAUCUUUAGGGGCAGAUUAUGUUAUUGACUAUAAAGAUCCUGGAAUUGUUGAAAAAAUUAAACAGAUUGGUAAUGGAAGAAUUAAGUAUGCGUUGGAUACAAUUGCAGAAAAGGAAACUUUCCAACAAGUUUAUGAUGCUACUGAGGGUACUCCAGAAGUAUAUUUAGAUAAUUUGUUAGGAUUGGAUGGUAAUUCAAUUGAAACCCGACCAGAACGAAAUGUUCACUAUGGAUGUACAUUGGCUUAUAAUUCAUUAGAAAAGGAAGUUCAAAUCGGUCCUGUAAAAUAUAUUCAAACACCAGAAUUACUUAAUAAAUAUACUGAGUUUUGGCAAGGGGUAUUACCUUUAUAUAUUGAUCAAAUCUAUCAUUCGAAUUUAUUAAUUUUACCAAGAGGAUUGGAGAGCGUUAAUAGAGGAUUGGAGUUGCUGAGACAAGGAAAAGUCUCUGCUGAGAAGGUUGUAUUUGGUAUUUAA